GCGAGCUGCCCUUCCGCACGCCGCGCAUGCGCAGUCCCCCCUUCCUGUUCCGCCAGCACAUGCGCGCAGCGCCCCCUUCUCCACUAGCCUGUUGCCCGCCUGCUCGCCCGCCUGCAUGCCGGGAAUGCGCCGCGCGCCGCCCGCGAGCAGGGGCUGGCCGGGCCGGGCCCCCCGCACUGUGGCGACGACAUGGAGGUGGAGGAGGCCUUCCCGCUGGUGGGGCAGAUGGGGCCCUACCAGGUGUUCCUCUCUACGUAGCCACAGAAGCAAUCCUCAUCGCGCUUGUCGGGGCAACACCUCCCUACCACUGGGACCUUGAAGAGCUCUCAGCUAAUCAAAGCCAUAGCAACCAGUCAACUAGUGAAGGAAGAGCCUUUGGGGAAUGGCUCCUGAGAGCCAAUGGGAGCGAAGUUCAUAAGCAUGUACACUUCAGCAGCAGCUUCACGUCCAUAGCCUCAGAGUGGUUUUUAAUUGGCAAUACAUCAUACAAAGUCAGUGCUGCCAGUUCGUUUUUCUUCAGUGGCGUGUUCGUCGGAGUGAUCUCUUUUGGCCAGCUCUCGGAUCGUUUUGGGAGGAAAAAAGUCUAUCUCACAGGUUUUGCCCUCGACAUUGUCUUUGCCAUUGCAAAUGGAUUCUCUCCCUCAUAUGAAUUCUUUGCAGUCUCUCGCUUCCUGGUGGGAGUGAUGAAUGGAGGGAUGUCACUUGUGGCCUUUGUUCUGCUGAAUGAAUGUGUGGGCACAGCCUACUGGGCCUUAGCAGGAUCGAUUGGUGGCCUGUUCUUUGCAGUGGGAAUCGCCCAAUAUGCUUUAUUAGGGUACUUCAUCCGCUCCUGGAGGACUCUAGCCAUUGUGGUUAACUUGGAGGGAACAGUAGUCUUUCUUCUAUCUCUAUUCAUUCCCGAGUCCCCCCGCUGGUUGUAUUCACAAGGUCGACUGAAUGAAGCAGAAGAUGCCCUUUACCUCAUUGCAAAGAGGAACUGCAAGCAGAAGUGUACUUUUUCAUUAAAGCUCCCAGCUGAUAGGAGCCACAGAGAGGCUGGAAGUUUUUUGGACCUAUUCCGAUACAGGAUCCUCUUGGGACGCACUUUAAUCAUGAUGUUCAUCUGGUUUGUGUGCAGCUUGGUUUACUAUGGUCUCACCCUCAAUGCAGGUGACUUGGGUGGAAGUAUUUAUACCAACUUGGCCUUAUCUGGGCUAAUAGAGAUACCUGCCUACCCAAUCUGCAUCUACUUGAUUAACCAAAAGUGGUUUGGUCGGAAGCGAACAUUGGCAGCAUUCCUGUUCCUGGGAGGGCUAGCCUGUCUUAUUGUCAUGUUUCUCCCAGAAAAGAAAGACACGGGAGUAUUUGCAGUUGUGAACAGCCGUUCAUUGUCUUUACUGGGAAAACUGACAAUCAGUGCAGCAUUUAACAUUGUUUAUAUCUACACAUCAGAACUUUAUCCUACAGUAAUCAGGAAUGUUGGAAUGGGUGCCUGCUCCAUGUUUUCCCGAGUUGGUGGGAUUAUUGCUCCUUUUGUCCCUUCGCUGAAAUCUGUACAGUGGUCUCUGCCCUAUAUUGUGUUUGGAGUUACUGGCCUUCUCUCUGGGCUCCUGAGUUUAUUGUUGCCAGAAACACUGAACAGCCCUUUGCUAGAGACAAUAUCAGACCUGCAGGUGUGCUCAUAUUGGAGACUUGGGGAAGAAGCCAUGUCACUACAAGCACUAGAUGGCUCACAGUCUGGAGACAGAGACAGCUCUGCAGGAAGUGGAAGUGAGGAUGAGGAGUUUUAUGAUGCUGAUGAAGAGACCCAGAUGAUCAAGUAACAAGAAGAAGAAAUGCUCAUUUUUAUGCCUAUUUUUUUACUUGUCCAGCCACAUCUGCCUGUAAGAAUUAAAAACAUGAAAAAAGGGACCAUCCGCAGAUGGAUGCAACAGGGCAAGUGCCUCUGCUUUAGAAGAGUUAGAGUACUGUUCAAAUUCAUUACGUUUAUUUGAUUGGUGACUACUGCUGAUUUUUUUUUUCUCGCACAUGAGAAACAGUUAAAUUUUUGCGGCUCAGAAGUAUGAUUGCAAACCAAGUCUGAGCACAGAGGUGGUGGCAUAAGGUAUUUCUGAAACUUGAAGCAUUUGAGAACUGAUCCACCUUUUGGGAAGAUUGCCAUUUCACCUGUUCCUAUUUUUUUCAAAGUGAGCUCAUGUUUUUUCAAGGUGAGCUCGUUUGAACCAACUUAAAUCCAAAAACUUGAAAGCUGUCACUAGAUAUUUUUCAGACAGAUAAAACCUAGAGGAUUUAACUGGUGACAGAAGGCUCUCUGUGCCAGCCCAAGGGGAACAGAUUUCUGACACCCUGCACGUUAAGAUGCCUACAGCACAGCGGGGACAUUGAGCUUAUGGAAUCUGUGCAGGUUCUACAUACACAUACUGUCACGGAGUUCCAGAGUCUGGAAGAUGUGGUGCUGUGGGAUGGGGUACACCAACAGCUGACAACCUAUAUUUAGUUGUGGUAGGUGGAGCACUAGAGGGACCAUUGAAGGUUGAAAGGACCAGCAAAUUAGAAUGGGCAAAAAAGCUUUAAGGGAACAGAAGUCCUCCGUAAUACUGAUUUAUUCUCCCUGCAUCGGUCUCCCAAAUCUUUCUCUCCUAUUCUUUUGGCUGUUACAAACACAGAUUUGCCAUGUCUGUCUAGUUUUAGGACAUCUCUGACCUUCAGUUGCAUGUGUUACUUUUGCUGCUUUUGCCUUGUCUCCACUCUGCUGUGUAAACUUGAAGGAGUGUGACUUGUCUUUCCAUUGCAUUUAGUGAAUGUCUUUGGGGUGGUAAUUUAAUUGUGAGGGCACAGUUUAACUAGCUGUUGUGUUACUGUGGUCUGUCCAUGAUUAUAGCUAGCGGAAAAUGACCUCUACGAUGGCACAAGGAACUGUAGUUGCUGCCUCUGCAGACUGCUGCUAGUAUCUUGGAGGUUAUUUGAAGAAGGCUGCUAGUAUUUAUUUUAAAGUUUUGUGUACAGGUAAAGUUCUUUGGAAGUGGCUUGUGCCGACUUUCAGUUGGUUACGUGACCUUGCUGAGGGAAAACUAUUCUCUUUUUUACGGUGAUUUUAAAAGUGCUUUAUUAAAGAUGUUGAGUGUCUGAAGUGUUGCCAACUAAUAAGAUGAAGUCUUUGUGUAACAAUUCAGCAUUCCUAGAGAGUUGAUUUUUAUGUAAUUCUUGGCAGUUGCUGGCUCAGAUUUCAUAUUAAGGUGAUUGCAAAGAAUGUGUAAGGCUAUUCUUUGGAAUAUAGCACUGGAUCAGGCAAUUGGGAAGAAAGGGCAGUUACUGAACCUAUCGAAGAGUUAAACUCAAGCAAUACUAAAUCAAACUAACACUUUAAAAAAAAAAAAAAAGCAGCCUGAAGUUUGCCUGAUCAGAACCUGUAAAAUGGAACUUGCUACAGUCAUCCCCAUCUUGAGAGUAGAUGGCGGUCUCCAAACAUUCCUGGUUCCGGCAUAUAAUGCUUCAUUGUGGUCUGAACAGAUCCUCUACUGAACCAAUCCUAUGAGCAAAUUGCAGAGCUGUAGCCUCUACAGCCAGUACUUGGUAGGGAAGAUCAGGGCAACUACUGACCAGUAUAAUCACACUGGGCCAUUUUCAGGUUAAUUUGGUGUCUCCCCUCUCUCUUUGCACAGCUCUUCCAAAUGUGAUGGCAAAAUUAAUAGAACAUUUUACAUUUUAAGUCGUCUGGAUUUUCUUUCUUCCAUAUUUAGCUUUUUUUUUUCUUUUUCUUUUUUUUUACAUAGGAAGAUUACUUGGAGUGAGGUUCUUGGGACUGUUAGUAAAUUUGACUCUAUUUUUUCAAUAUGUUUUCUUUAGUCUUACAGUUGCAUUUUAAAUUGCAGGGAUGUAAUCUGAGGAAAGGUUUCUCUCUAGUUUCUUGGUGUGGCUUUUGACUUACAAUGGUUCUAAAUAUAUGAAAGCUGCUUAGAGAAUGUUAAUGCCAAACUCAGGGGUUGUAUCUGUGCGGUUGUAAACCUUUGUUUAUUGGGGAGUAAUUUCCGCAGUGUACUUCCUGACUCUGCCUGGCUUUGGGUCGGAUAGUAGUAGUGACUCUCUCAUUAAACUGGGGCUUUUGGCCUUUCUGGUAGUUUGGGUUUUAUCUUUGUGCAAAGGCAACCCAGCCAUAUGAAAGGGCUGAACCCAACUAUGAAUGGGAACCCAGCCCUGGGAAAGAGUCAUUUGCGUAGCACUCCCCUGGGAGUCCACAUGGUUAUAACAGUUCAGCUUAGGGGAUCUCUGCAGGAUGUGCUUCAGCCUUUGUGACAGUUUUCUCUUUACUCUGAAAUGUAUCUCCAUUUCAUUCAAGUACUUCUAUACUUAAAUGGUACACACACAAUCACAAAACUGAGGAUGAAGGAGAUUUUUGUGCUGAAGAGAUUAACUGCACUUUUUGGAGACUUAUGUUCAUAGUCUGUACCCCAUGUUUGUACCAUUAGAAGUUGAGAUGACUACCUUCUUUAUCUGUGUCCUACCCUUUUCCACCAUUGUUUUUAUUAAUGCUUACUUUUUUCACGCCAGUAUGUCGAACUGUCUUGUAGGCAGAGUCCUGUUUUAGCAGAUUUCAGUCAUCUGCCAGCAGGAUUUUAACAAAGAGCACUUCAACUUCCCCUCCACAUGCUCCAUAUUCUAGGUUCCCUGGUGAUUAGCAGUAGAGUUCCCUUUGAAAAGCUAACUUGAUACAAAAUGACUUUCUGCCACUGACCCUUAAAGAAUAAUUGUUUCCUUGUGCAGAGUGUUUGUAAGGCAUUAUAACAUCAAAUAUUUCUGUCAUAUUUAGCACUUGUUGGGCACAUAUGAUGCACAGAAUUCCAUAGGAUGUGUAGAGAGCAUGUGGUGCAUAGAAACUUGACCAGUAUUAAUAAGGAAAAGUCUUCUAAUGGCAACAUAUGCUAUUUUCAAACUUUGCAACCUGUGCCUAUGUUAGUUAGAUACCUGAACCAUAGCAUUUGGGUCUACUCCACCGCUUCCAAGUACUAUUUAACAGUUCAAUACAGACCCAGUUUUGCUUCUUUUUUUGGUUGUGUAGCGCAUAUUCUAAAUCUGCCCAAGGAAGCUAUCGGAGUUCCUGCUAGCACAGUGGUAAAAAUAUUCCUAUUAUAGACAAUAAAAUAACACCACUCAUGUAACAGUUGUACUAUAAUAUCCUUUGACAGUCCCCAGCCUAUUCUUAUCCAUUCCUUUGCUAAGUUAAUUUUCCAUGGAAAGUGACCUGAACUGCUUAUUGUGCUUGACACUGGGCACGUCUAUAUAUUCAUUAAUGUGCCAUAGUUACUGUGCAUUCAAUUUAUUACUUGUAUAAUUGAGUACUAAAUCAGUGCAGUAACCAGCAUUACUCUGCAGUAGAGUUGGUACGUGCUUUUUUAUUGAGACUACUGCACAGUAGCCCAAUAAUACUACGCAGUAGCUUAUUAGCACUGUUUCUGCUGUGACGUGCUACUGCACAUUUAACAUCUUGUGUAGACACACCCACUGUGUAGGAAACGUAAUUUUGAAGCCAGCUUAUUUGACGCUUGUGUGAUGGAAAAGAGUGAACCCUUCCUGAGCGCAGCUACCAGUUAACCUCUCUUCCAGAAGGACCCAUUCCUUCUCAGCUUCUUGUGAGGGAAGCUGGGCUGCAGUGGGAACAAACCUGAAAAAGGCAGGGAUGUGUUGGGUCAGGAGACAGAUGAAGCAGAGCAUAAGAAUCAACCAGAGGGGAAGAAGGAAAAUUAGAUUGAAGCACUUCACAGGGAGGUAAGAGGGCAAGGAGAAAAGUAGCACCUGGUGAUGUGUGAGGGUCCUUGUCAUUCUUUGCCUUGAUAUACACUCCUUCCAGGUCUUGUAAAAGUUUCACCUGGUUCAAAAAGUGGGUUGGUACUGUUCCAGUUUCUUCAUUCUGGGGCUGAGUUGGCAUAAUUCUUUGCUACUGCUGUAUGAGGGAAGGAUUAGUUCGCAGUUAAGAUGCAGUGGGAUUUGGGAAUAAUGGGUUGCUUCCAGACUUGGCUUUUCUAUCAAAUAGCUUUGUGACCUAGAUCACUUCUGUUUCCCACUGAAAAAUAGGGUUUAUGAUGAUCUUAGUGUCACGCUCCAGCGUGGGUUUUUGAGACUACUCAUUACAGUUUGGAAAGCCUUUCAGAAUCAUCUGAGGGAAAGUGCUGUAGAAACGCACAGACUCUCAUUUGCUGGCUUCACUGCAGAAAGACUAGCAUUUCAGAAAUACCUCUUUCUUAUUGUGUGUUAUACAUCCAGCAGCGUGCUGUUCCUCCACCUUUCUGAAGCUAACAGGACCUCCUCUUUUACAUUAUUUGGUUCCCUAAAAUAAUUUACCAUGUCUUUCCUCCUUAACUAGCUAUUUUAACAUAAAACUGGAUCCCAGCUCGAGGUGAUUUAAACAGUAAUCGGGUGCUUUGUAGACUCCCCCAGCAAUUCUCCAGCCAGUGCAAUCUGACAGACUGCAUUAGUUGGAGGUUAACCAGUGUGUAGUUCAGGGUGCUGAACAACUGCAUAGACAGCUUUUCUAAAGGCACAUAAAAUUUGCCUAGAAUGGAGCAGACUGCAGCUAGUCAUCUCCUCAAAGGUACGAUUUACCCUUUGGGAUCAGGGGGCCUGUACAGAGGUUAAGUAUAGAGCCCAUGCUCUUUAUUGGGCAGCAAUAUUGAUUACAGCUAUGAAGUUGAAAGCUGUUAAUGGCUACAGGGGCUGUUAACCAGUUUGUACUGCCUUAAUGUCAACCCUGCACAUCUCAAGAUGACCCUGCAGCCCAUAAAGACUACAAGCAAGCCCUGCUUAGAUCAGGAUGGGGCAUUGCACAGUUGUCUUUGCUGUUGAAGUCAGGGGCAUUUGUGUUGCAAGAUUCCAUGGAAUGCAGUCAAGACAUCCUGUGUCUAGAAAGUAUUGCUCAGAUGCCUGCUUAUAUUUACAGUAUCUUCUAUCUGGAGGUUUUGGAUGACUUUGCAGAAGAAAGUUAUCCUUGUUUUGGUGUUAGGAGGUGGGAAAUGGUGUGCAGAGAGUUGAAAUGAUUAUCCCAGGGCUGCAGGAAGCGGGUAAAGAGGGCUGGAAUAGAACUCUGGUUUCUUGAGUUUUCUGUUCUAAUUUGUGGAGCAUGCUGACUUAGGUUAAUAUUUUGCUUUUACUUAAGGAGGUUCUGCUAUUUAUAGUUCUUUCCACCUUCCCAUUUCAGUUUCUUUAAUCAUGCUUUGAAAAUAAUAGGUCUUUGGUGCCAGUACAUCAGCGUUGAGUCAAAUUCUGGCUGGCAAUACAUAUGCCAAAACAUCUGUGAGAAACAUCCAAAUGGCAUGUUGGAAGUUAGUAGGUCCAUACAUACCUACACCUGGUCCAGGCAGGUGUUUAUGUAUGGCUUUCCCCCUGACUCAUUCUGUUCAGGAUCUUAUUACUCUGGUUUAAUUGCAGGGUUUAGCAGGCGGAAGAAAAAACAUUAGAUACCAAAUAUAACAAAUAUAAUAAUAGCAACUGUUUGGUAAAGGUGUAUUUUGUAUUUUGUUCACUUAAGCAUUUGCAGAAGAUCGUUCUUCACCAUAUCAUCUACAGUGCUUUGUCCAGUCUUCAGUAGCUUUCAGAACUGAUUUUAAGGUUGCCUCUGAGAGGCAGUCUAAAGUUAUGAAAUUCUGUGUCCUCUCUCCUAUGAUAAUGUUUUGUAUGAUCCUAAAAUAGCUGUGCUAAUUGCAAAUCUAAUAAAAGGUACUAAGACAAAGUGUAAAUGGGACUAGGUUUAUACUUUUAAGUGUACUCAGUCAAUUUAGACUGGUUCUAUGUAUGAGCAAUACCAUAGAAUCAAGGUUUAAGUAAUUGCCAAGUAUUGUUUUCCUGGAAUGAAACAAUCUAAAACUAGUUCUUUCUGUGUUUAUUUGGAAUUCAGCUAUGUGACCUGAUGAAACCAGUGCUUACUAGCAUCUCCAUGGAGCUUUUGAACACAAGGAAGAACUACAUUUAUUUGCCUAUUUUUCAUGGCUCUGGGCACUUCAACUGUUGUUGUUUCUGAAACCCUUCUCAUUGCUUGCAGAGAUGGUAACUAACCAAAGAGAUUAGUAUAAAGAUUAAAAACAAAGUGUAGAAUUUGCAUAAUUGGAAACACUUCUGUAACGUAUGCAGAAGCCUCCAGGGUCUGUUUUGGUUUGAGGUUGCAAAUAUCAGUGCUCACUCCUAAAGAUAAGAAGAAACUAGAUGAGAUGGUUCGUUGGAACGUGUUGCACACUCAUCAGACUUACAGUAUUAUGAACGAAAGGUCACAUGGAGUUCAUAGAAUUCAGUAGAUAGUUGAGCUGGCACAAUCAGUUGGGUACAAAACUAAACACUGAAUGUCUAAUUUUCAAGUAGGACUCAUAAAAUAAAAACCCUGUGAUUUGCAGUGUUUGGCAACAGACAUGUAGGCAGCUAGAGGGACUUAGGGUAGGACUUGGUCACCCUCAAUUUCCAAAAAGUAGUAAUUGGUCUUAAAAUCAGAACGAAGAAUAAAAAAAAUGGCCUGAAUCGAGCAAGUCUCUUUGUGCAGCUGCCUGUCCUUGAUUGCCAACAUUGCAAGGAGUAAAUUGAGUCUGUAAUUAACAUUAAAAAGUUACUGAGUCCUUCCCUUUCCCCUAUUAUGCUUUUCAUUUAUACGAUUCAUAGUCAAGCAGAUGAUUCUAAUGCCAGUUAUUCCAAUUGUACUGUUAACAUAAUUGUACCUCCAGAGCUACCAUGGGGCAAGGCCUUGUACAGAUCUUUGAAAUCCUUGAGGUGCUGCUCAUAGAUUUUGGCCUUGAGUUGGUUUAACUGGUGAGGACUAGGUUUGGGAGGAAGUCAGCCUCAGGUUAUAAUUUCAAAAGAACAAAACUUUAUGGAAACAGUCAAUAUUAUCAAUACAUAUUAAAGGGUACAUUAUACAUUUUACCGUAUACAAAAGAAAUGAGUACUAUUGGCAAUGUUAAUAAAGGAAUCUAUUUCUAUCCCUGAAAUGGUCUGUUUCGAAUACUUUACAUGCAAGGAAAGCCUAAAUCCAAAUCUUUCUUCAUGUUGUUAGUGCUGCAAUUGCAGUUAUUGUACAGAUAUAUUUUUGCUUAUGACUACCAUUUAUAUUGCACUACCUGCUGACCAGUAGCAGCUUUUACUUUCUUGACUUAAUAAUAAUUUAUUUUAAGCUACCUCUUUCCUACUGAAUUUUAUAUUAAAGAGACUUUAGGAAAUUGUAGAACAUAAAUUAUUUGUUGUCUUUUAUUUAUGCUGCUAGGAAUCCUAUUGCUUAAGCCAAGAGGGAAAGGACUUUUGUCUGUCUUUUUAAAUGUUUUUUUUUUUUAAACAUGUAAUGUGAAUUGUAAAUGACAACUGUAAUUGAAAGACUUAUUAUUGCAGUGAAAUUGCACAUUUUUGAGCCAAUAUAUUAGAAUGGCUGAACCACCACUGGGGGUUUAUUGACCUUAAAUGAAGUGGUUGAUACUUAGCUCUUCUGAAAAUCUGGUCUGUGGGGUGGAACUUGGUAUAGUAGUCCUUCUUUGCAGCACUGUGUAAUCUCUCCUUAUCCUGAGCUCUUAAAAUACAGAUAAUUGUCCCUGAGCACAUGAGCCAGUAUCCAAAGCCAAAUUUAGCCUUCGGUUACAUUUAUGCAACCCAUUGAUUCUGGCUUAGGACAGAAUUUGGACCAUAGCUGGCACAAAGGAGGAGCUGAUGGGACACACUUUCUGUCUUUUCAGGAUCGUGAGACCACGUUUGGUCUCCAUAGAACUUCAAUGGAUUUAAGACGUGUUGCACUUACUUCCGGCAGGGUUGAAUUUGAUCUUGCAAUCAAAAGUGCUUGUAAUAUGAAAGGCUAAAAGAUGCCUGGGCUGGAGGGUAAUUAUUUUUGUAUGUUUAGCUGCAGAGCCAGGUAGAAGGCUAGAGAUGUUGGUAGUAAAUAGUAGUGUUUGUGUAUAUUUAAAUCAUUGACUCAGCUUGAGUACUGAAUGGGCCAGGCCUUUUAGCACAAUGUGGGAACUUAGGGGAUUCAGAAGUCUUUUGUGAAGUGCCAUUUUGAGAUCACAGCUGUAUUGCUAAAGCUGGUGAUUUUUAGAACUCUGUCCAAGAAGUCACCCUUGUUCAGGCCUAAAAACAUUAGUCUCCCGGAAGUCAAGUUGUGGUGAUACUCAGUGGGCAGUGGUGAUACUCAGUGGGCACUGCAUGAAACACUAAAUGCUCAGUGGACUAAUUCUACUGUGUGUUAGUGUGUCAUGGCAAAAGCCGUGCUAAUGAACUAAUAUGCAGUAGAAUUAGUCUAUUCUGCAUUAGCGUCACUAAAAAUGCAUGCGCCAGUGCUGCUGCACAGUAGUGCUAGUUACCGUGCACUGAGUUGGAACCUGUUAUUACAGACUUAAUGCGCAGUAACGAUGGUGCAUUAAUGCAGUUGUAGUCAUGCCCAGUUACAUCAUGUGACCUUGUGUUGGGUCCAUCUCCUUUAAGACAUUUUUGCCACAAAUGACUAAGGUGUUAGCUGUUGUGACAAAUGUAAAAACAAUGUUCAGAACACUAAGACCUCUCUUCUGCCCGGGCUGUUUGUGUUUUAUGUGCACAUUGUUUGAGCUGUAGCUGCUAGAUUUCACUGGAGCUCUGCAAGGUAAAAAUCAGCAGGUUGGCUUCAAGUGUGGGACCUUUUGGAAUGACGGAUUUUUUUUUUUAAAUUAAUUAUCCUAAUUAAAAUAUUACAUGUUUACCAGGUAUAUUUCACUUUGAAAUGGAGACUGGGGAAGCCCAGGUAGUAGAAUUCAGCCAGAAAUCGAUAUGGUGAUCUCUUUACAUUCUGGAAAAAGUUACUUGCUUCUGAAUGAUCUUUUGAGCAUUUUAAAGAUGUUCUUCUUUUAAGAUUUUUGUAGACCCUUCUCUGCCUUGGCAAGCUAACUUUUAAGUGAUUUGUAACAGCUCUGAAACUGCCUCUGUCUCAUACAAUUCAUAUGAUGUCUUUGUAACUUAUUUUGUGCCUUUUCUUCCUCCCUCUCUCUCCCCCACAACUCCCCGAGGCAAAAAUCUCUCAAUAAAAGAUAAGCUCUUCUGGAACAUUGCAAACCUA